GUUUUUCUAAGUGGAGCUGGAGUGCAGCCGCUCAUGAGUGGAGCUGACUGCACACAGGGGAAUACUCAAAUCUCCCUGCGCUGCUUUUUAACUCACACACCACCUGCUUUUUGGACUUUUUUAAGACUCACUGGACUUUUUUGCACCAAAGUGGGACUCUGCUGCUGCUCUCUUUCUGCCCUCAAGGCACUAUUCUCUUCACUGGAAUUACUCAAGAUCUCACAGCUUUCUGAAAAUUUCUACCUGCCUAUUUUAAUCAUAUGUAUACUCUAAAUUUAUGGACUUUCUCAUGUUGAGAUUCAGCAUCAGUACCACCUGAUUCCAGAAGAACAUUUCUGUACACACUCACUGAAUUUAGACAUGCACAAGUCUGAGAAUGGGUGUUUUGCAAGCUCAUAACAAGAGCUCAGUGAGUGUGUGCGGGUGUGUAUACAGCACUCUCUAUACUGUGAGUAUAUAAUCAAGAGGGUUUGUUUUCUUUUUUUAUUCCAAUGGGAAAACUAUGAGAGGUCAAACAGCAACAAGCUGAGCAGAAGCUAUGGAAACGGUUGGUGCUGUCAGAGGUAUGUUGGGCUCAGGUGGACGCUGAUCCCGACCCGGAAUGUUCUGAACUCUUUUGGAAUUUGGUUCCCCUGGAAACGAAUGGACAGGUCUCUAUGCCCAUGUGUGACAUUUUUGUCCGGUCUUGGAUGUGAGAGGUGAACUUGGUCGUCCUUCACGUGAGGAGCUGUGGAACUGCCAAGAAAACUCUUCAGAACCACUGAGGACAUUAUAAAGAUUACACUGAAUAUUAACAACUUGAAACAAAGACUGGAAAAGACUGAAGUUCUGCUAUAGAAAAAAACUAGAGGGAGAAUCUGUUUUGGGUUUGAAAAGCUGAGCUGAAUCCAAAUCAGUCCAAAGGCAAGUGGACUCGUAGAAAAUAAGACAAAUAUUGGGCAUUACUGCUAAGCGGAAUCUAAAUAAAGAAAUAAACUUUUGAAAGGCAGGAGUUUGUCCUGUGUGCCAAAAUGAUGACCAUGAUGAUGAUGAUGGUGGCCAUGAUGGUCACCUGCAGCUCUCUGUUCCUGCUGGGUGUGGCUGCUGCCCAUGCUUCCUCUGGCACCGUGACCCGCACUUCCUCCUCCUCUUCCUCCUCUUCUUCCUCCUCCUCAUCCUCACCACGCAUGAAGCUCUCAUACAAAGAGUUGCAGCAGUUCCAUGGAGUGCGGCGGUUUGAGCUGGAGCGUUCAUGCUGCUUCAGCGCUCUGCUAUUGGAUGAAGAAAGAGGCCGUCUCUUCGUCGGGGCCAAGAACUUCCUGCUGUCGCUAUCAUUAGACAACAUUGCCAAGCAGGAACACAAGAUCUAUUGGCCCGCUCCUGUCGACUGGAGGGAGGAGUGUAACUGGGCUGGCAAGGAUAUCACUUCUGACUGUGUGAACUAUGUGAAGAUUGUGCACCACUAUAACCGCACCCACCUGUAUGCCUGUGGAACCGGAGCCUUCCACCCUACCUGUGCCUUCGUAGAGGUGGGACAUAGGAUGGAGGACCAUGUAUUCAGAAUUGACCCCUCCAAGGUGGAGGACGGGAAAGGGAAGAGUCCGUAUGAUCCUCGCCACAAUGCUGCAUCUGUACUCGUCGGUGAUGAGCUAUAUGCAGGGGUGGCCACGGACUUAAUGGGACGGGACUUCACCAUCUUUAGAAGUCUGGGGAAACGCCCCUCCAUCCGUACUGAACAGCAUGACUCACGCUGGCUCAAUGAACCAAAAUUUGUUGGUUCCUUUUGGGUCCCAGAAAGUGAAAACCCCGAUGAUGACAAGGUAUUUUUCUUCUUCCGUGAGACGGCAGUUGAGGCCCAGGGGCUGGGAAAGUCCACCUACUCUCGCAUCGGACAACUCUGCAGGAAUGACAUGGGCGGUCAGCGAAGUCUGGUGAACAAGUGGACGACAUUCCUCAAGACUCGUCUGAUAUGCUCAGUGCCAGGAGCUGACGGCAGUGACACAUACUUUGACGAGCUGCGCGAUGUGUUCCUGCUGCAGACGAGGGACAGAAAGAACCCUCUGGUCUACACUGUCUUCUCUACUUCCAGCAGUGUAUUUAAAGGCUCAGCUGUGUGUCUCUACUCCAUGAAUGACAUCCGGAGGGCCUUCCUGGGGCCCUUUGCUCACAAAGAGGGGCCCAACUACCAGUGGGUUCCCUUCCAGGGAAAAGUUCCCUAUCCCCGCCCAGGAAUGUGUCCCAGCAAGACAUUCGGCAGUUUUGAAUCCACAAAGGGUUUCCCAGAUGAUGUGAUCCAGUUUGCGCGUCACCACCCUCUGAUGUAUAAUCCGGUCUACCCUAUGAGCCGACGGCCUGUCUUCGUCAGAACUAAUGUGGACUACAGCUUCACACAGAUUGUUGUGGACAGAGUCAGCGCUGCUGAUGGACAGUAUGAUGUCAUGUUUAUUGGCACAGACAAAGGAACAGUACUAAAGGUGAUCAAUGUCCCUAAGGAGAGCUGGAACAACAUGGAGGAACUUUUACUGGAAGAGCUGGAGGUCUUCAAAGAUGCCUCAUCAAUCAUCAACAUGCAGAUCUCCUCAAAACGGCAACAGUUGUAUCUUGGCUCAGACACAGGCAUUGCCCAGGUUCCCCUUCACCGCUGCAGUGUUUAUGGGAAGGCCUGUGUGGAGUGCUGCCUGGCCAGAGAUCCGUACUGCGCCUGGGAUGGAACAUCCUGUACUCGCUACCUGCCAAACACCAAGAGACGUUUCCGUCGCCAGGAUGUAAGGAACGGAGACCCCAACACCCUGUGCUCUGGAGACCAUCAUAAGUACCGUGUUGCAGAGAGGAAGCUGUAUGGAGUUGAGGGAAGCAGCACUUUCUUAGAGUGUAUACCCAAAUCGCUUCAGGCCAGAGUCACCUGGACCUUCCAGAAACUAUCACAGAACCCACGGGAAGAGGUGCGUCUAGAUGACCGCAUUCUCCAGACAGAGAGAGGCCUUCUGAUUCGCCGUGUCUUGAAGAGAGAUAUCGGUAUCUACCAGUGCCAUGCCAUGGAACACGGCUUCACCCAAACCUUACUAGGUAUCACCUUGGAAGUUGUGCAGUCAACAUCCUCCUCAGUAGCCAGUCUACCCUCCGAUGCCCCUGUCCGAUUAGAUCCCCGCAGCGGAGGUGGGCCCCCAAUGACAAAUCAAAAGCUUUGGUACCGGGACUUCAUGCAGCUGGUGGACCAUCCUAACCUAAGCACCGUUGACCAGAUUUGUGAGCAAGUUUGGGCACGCAAGAACGCAGGUGGUGACCAAUUGGAUAAGAGCUUUCCUGCUCCAGGGAAGGAGGGUCCGCCUCUGGGUGCUGCUGUUCACCCGGCUAACAAGAAAUGGAAGCAUCUUCAAGAGAUAAGGAAGGGGAGAAACCGUCGGACCCACGACGGGAAACCAAACCCUCGGGCUCCCCGCAGCGCAGGGGAGUAACAACGUAGAAAAAAAGAGAUGGAGGGAGAAAAUAAUGACUGAUACAAAGAGAUAGGAGGAGAAUGAUAGAAAGAGACUGAGAGACCAAGAACUCCUGGAGGUUUUCACACAUACAGAUAAACCCACGCACAUAAAAACCCACGCAGACAGACACACACAGCACCUCCGGUAUUAUGUAUAUUUAUCUAUGGAUUCCCCCGCUAUAUGGUACUCCAGUCCCUUAGCCCUCGUCCCACUGGCCAGCCCCUGCAUGUGCUGCCUUACUGCCCAAAUUGAUUCUGCACGAUCCCUUUACACUGUUCCACUAGCGUAGUCAAGUGUACAAGCAGGUAUGUGGGAGUGAACCCACCUUUAUCUGUGGGCAAUAACCUUACACUAAUCUGUCAUUCCCUUUACCACUGACUGUAUAUGGAAGGUGGAUUCAAAGCAAAAUGUUUUCCUACUACAUGUUAGCUAUACAUGUUAUUUGUAGAUAGUGGCUCACAGUAUGAACACAUACUCUCUGGACUAUACCUCUCAGAUCAAAAACAGCCCCAGAGUUUUGGAUGAACUCUCCUCACAGCUUUUCUUACCCGAAGAUUUCAUACCAAUAGAAAAAUUGUUGACUUGAGUGCUGCGCAUAAUGGGAAGGAAUGGAGAAACGUGACAAUUAGAAUAUACUGGAAAGUAAUGGUCUUUAACUGGAAACACAUUUAACUAUUUAUGUGCAAUUGCACAAGCAUGCAGACAAACACUUUUUUAAACAUUAUUACUACAUGAACAGAUGAAUUGAUUAAUGUCUUGUGGUGCUCUUGUUGCACAUAUUUCCAGUAACCUCACUUUUCACAUGGUUUUCUGUGGAUAUUACAUAAUGCAGUCACAGAAGAGGUAGAGAUGCCAGCAGCGUGGGGAAGCCUGUGGAACAUGUUGCAGAACUGGUUAUAUUAUAUAGUAGGUCUCUUAGCGGUUUCCUUAGGCACAUUGAGGCAUGUUGCAGCAAAAUAAAUCACACAAAACAAUGCAGUCAUGGGUAGAGAGCUGUUGUAUCUGGCCAGAUAUGAUUAUACUGCUUUACUGGUCCAAACCACUAGAGAAUGGAGGGGUGGAAAAACUACUGGCAUUCCAUGAUGUGAGAGAAAGAUGAGAUGUUUACAGAACACAGACAUAGCUGGAGCACAAAGAAGUUAAUCUCUAAAAGAAAAUAAAAGCCCAAAUAAGACCUGGAUUCCAUCUGAACAAGUUUUGGUUAGGUUUUAAUGUGGUGUCUUAAAAACACAAAUAUUAUAAUAAGCAUUGGAAGUGCAUAUUUAAAAAAACAAAAAAACAGUUUUGACAUAAUAAAUAAAUAAUAAAACCUCACUAAAAUUCGCUAUUUAUUGGUUUAAUUUUUGGCUGUGUUCAAUGUUUUUUGCAUUACGUUUAAGAUAAGUCAUGAAAAUGGUGGUUUGGGUAGUUUAAUAUGAUGGAAAGAAAGAGGAAAGAUGUUAGUGGAUUCUAAAAUGACAACCCAUGUUUCUGGGCUACAGUACAGUAUAUAUAUAUUAGCAUGAUAUUUAUAUGUUUUUUUGUAUUCUAAGCGGUACUUCUAUUCCUUGUUCUUUUACACUGUUUUUGCAUAUUUUUUUGUGAUAAAUGGAUAAAUGCAAACUAUAUGAGACCCCUCACUCAGCACGGUAAAAUGCCAAGAAAGAGCCUUCUUCUGCACUGUCAACAAUGCAUUUCACUGUCCACAA